ACCCUCAGCCGGCCGAGGCGGGGGCCCAGCGCUCCGGGCUCCGUCUGCCGUCUCGGCACCUCCCCGCCGCGGUGGUUCCGCGGAGCCGCGCGCGCCCCGGGCCUGGCCGAGCCGCCGGCCGACGAGGAGAGCCGCGGGAGCCCGCGGGGACGCCAUGCGAGCCAGGAAGAAGCACACUGCCAAGCGGACGCCGGUGUGCAGCGUGGUCGCUUGAGACGGAAGCCUCGGCGUCUGCUAGAGUCACUGGAGGAAGGAACAUGCAGCCCUAGCUGCUCUCCCAGGAAGAGAGUCUCAGAAUGGCAGCUCAGCGGAUCCGAGCUGCCACCUCCAGUGGGCUCCCUCGGUGCAAGUCCGAGGGGACCUUGAUCGACCUGAGUGAAGGGUUUUCAGAGACGAGCUUUAAUGACGUAAAAGUGCCUUCUCCCAGUGCCUUGCUCGUUGACAGCCCCACACCUUUUGGAAACGCAAAGGAAGUGAUCGCAAUCAAGGACUAUUGCCCAACCAACUUCACCACUCUGAAGUUCUCCAAGGGCGACCACCUCUACGUCUUGGACACAUCGGGUGGUGAGUGGUGGUACGCACACAACACCACCGAAAUAGGCUACAUCCCUUCCUCCUACGUGCAGCCCUUAAACUACCGGAACUCAACAUUAAGUGACAGCGGUAUGAUUGACAAUCUCCCAGACAGCCCAGACGAAGUGGCCAAGGAGUUAGACCUGCUCGGGGGAUGGACAGAUGACAAGAGAGGAUCGGGCAAAACCUAUAGUAAUAACCCUUUCUGGAGUGGGGUCCAGACAAAUCCAUUUCUGAAUGGGAAUGUGACCGUGAUGCCCAGCUUGGAUGAGCUGAAUCCCAAAAGUACUGUGGAUUUGCUGCUUUUUGACACCGGCACAUCCUCGUUUACUGAAUCCAGCUCAGCGACCACAAAUAGCACCGGCAACAUCUUCGAUGAGCUUCCGGCCACCAGUGGACUCCAUGCAGAGCCUCCGGUCAAGCGGGACAACCCCUUCUUCAGGAGCAAGCGCUCCUACAGUCUGUCAGAACUCUCUGUCCUCCAAGCCAAGUCCGAUGCUCCCACGUCAUCGAGUUUUUUCACGGGCUUGAAGUCCCCCGCCCCCGAGCAGUUUCAGAGCCGGGAGGAUUUUCGAACUGCAUGGCUGAACCACCGGAAGCUGGCCCGGUCUUGCCAUGACUUGGACUUGCUUGGCCAAAGUCCCGGUUGGGGCCAGACCCAAGCUGUGGAGACAAACAUCGUGUGCAAGCUGGAUAGCUCUGGGGGUGCUGUGCAGCUUCCGGACACCAGCAUCAGCAUCCAUGUGCCCGAGGGCCACGUGGCCCCUGGGGAAACACAGCAGAUCUCCAUGAAGGCCCUGCUGGACCCUCCGCUGGAACUCAACAGUGACAAGUCCAGCAGCAUCAGCCCCGUGUUAGAAGUCAAGCUCAGCAACCUGGAAGUGAAAACCUUUAUCAUGUUGGAGAUGAAAGUUUCAGCUGAGGUGAAAAAUGAUAUUUUUAGCAAAAGCACAGUGGGCCUCCAGUGCCUGAGGAGCGACUCAAAGGAAGGGCCAUAUGUCUCCAUCCCGCUCACCUACAGCUAUGGGGACACGGUCCAGGUGCAGCUGGACAACCUAGAGCCCUGCAUGUACCUGGCUAUUGUUGCCCAUGGCCCGAACAUCCUCUAUCCUUCCACCGUAUGGGACUUCAUCAAUAAAAAAGUCACCGUGGGUCUCUAUGGUCCCAAACACAUCCACCCAUCCUUCAAGACAGUGGUGACCAUUUUUGGGCAUGAUUGUGCCCCAAAGACUCUCCUGGUCAGCGAGGUCACCCGCCAGACCCCCAGCCCUGCCCCAGUGGCCUUGCAACUGUGGGGUAAGCAUCAGUUCAUUUUGUCUAGGCCCCAGGACCUCAAAGUCUGCAUGUUUUCCAACAUGACCAAUUACGAGGUCCGAGCCAGCGAGCAAGCCAAGGUCGUGAGAGGCUUCCAGAUGAAGCUGGGCAAGGUGAGCCGCCUGAUCUUCCCCAUCAUCUCCCACAACCCUGGCGAGCUCUCCGACUUCACGCUCAGGGUGCAGGUGAAGGACGACCAGGAGGCCAUCCUGACCCAGUUUUGCGUGCAGACUCCUCAGCCACCCCCCAAGAGCGCCAUCAAGCCGUCCGGGCAGAGGAGAUUUCUCAAAAAGAACGAAGUUGGGAAAAUCAUUCUGUCCCCCUUUGCCGCCACCACAAAGUACCCCACUUUCCAGGACCGCCCGGUGUCCAGCCUCAAGUUCGGCAAGUUGCUGAAGACCGUGGUGCGACAGAACAAGAACCACUACCUGCUGGAAUACAAGAAGGGCGACACGGUCGCGCUGCUCAGCGAAGAGCGCAUCCGGCUGAAGGGGCAGCUGUGGACCAAGGAGUGGUACAUCGGCUACUACCAGGGCAAGGUCGGCCUCGUGCAUGCCAAGAACGUGCUGGUGGUGGGGAAGGCCAGGCCCAGCCUGUUCUCGGGGCCCGAGCUGAGCACCUCGGUGCUGUUAGAGCAGAUUCUCAGGCCCUGCAAGUUCCUCACCUACAUCUACGCCUCGGUGAGGACCCUGCUCAUGGAGAACAUCAGCAGCUGGCGCUCCUUCGCCGACGCCCUGGGCUACGGGAACCUGCCACUCACCUCUUUCUGCCGCGCAGAGCUGGACAGUGAGCCCGAGCGGGUGGCGUCCGUUCUGGAAAAGCUGAAGGAGGACUGUAACAACAUGGAGAACAAAGACCGCAAGUCCUUCCAGAAGGAGCUCGUGAUGGCCUUGCUGAAAAUGGACUGCCAGGGCCUGGUGGUCAGACUCAUCCAGGACUUCGUGCUUCUGACCACGGCUGUCGAGGUGGCGCAGCGCUGGAGGGAGCUGGCCGAGAAGCUGGCCAAGGUCUCCAAGCAGCAGAUGGACGCAUAUGAGUCUCCCCACCGGGACAGGAAUGGGGUGGUGGACAGCGAGGCAAUGUGGAAGCCCGCAUAUGACUUCUUACUCACCUGGAGCCACCAGAUCGGGGACAGCUAUCGGGAUGUUAUCCAGGAGCUGCACACAGGCCUGGACAAGAUGAAAAACCCCAUCACCAAGCGCUGGAAGCACCUCACGGGGACUCUGAUCCUGGUGAACUCCCUGGACAUUCUCAGAGCAGCUGCCUUCAGCCCCGCAGACCACGACGACUUUGUGAUUUGAACAGGCUCCCUCCCACCUCCUGCGCUGUAGCAUGAGCCCACCACUUGCCCUGGGUGCCCGCGCCGUCACCACGGCACUGAGGAGGGUGGGACAGCUGCUCAGACAGAUCCAGGGUCUGCCAGCUGGACCCACACCCGAGGACCGGCACAUGUGAGGCUCAGUCAGUCCUUCCCCUCCAUCGAGGGGUAGGCUCGAAGGGAUUUUCUACUGCAGGUCGUUGCCAAUCAAAUAGCUUUCUAUUUGUUAACUACAAAUCUACAUUUAAAAUCACUUUUUUUAAUAAAUGGGGUGAGGGGCCAUAUGAGAAAAGUUGUACCUAAUUUUUUAAUGGAUCACAAAGGUUAAAAAAACCAAACAGUUAACAGGGGCAGAUGCUGUUGAGGUUUUCAUGUUGUAUAAAGACCUUUUUAAAUUAUGUUGCGAUGUAUAUAGGUAUUUAAAGGUCACGGGGGCAUUUCUGAUUCCCAGCCGUACUUUGCAUUUCAACAUUCAGCACGGAUAGAUGCUUGUCUGAGUGUUGGUCCUUUUUCACUCCCUAGUUGUAAAAAGGUAAAUCAAACAGGAAAAGUGGUUUUUCGGGAAGUGGGUACAGCUGGCGCCCACUCUUCCCGAGAAGGCCCAAGGUUCUGCUCCCCACAAGCCUCACACCAUACUACGUGCUCAUCCACAGGACAUGUGAGUGUCUCGUGAGCUUGAGUUGGCAGAGUUAAAUCCCACGGUAGCAAGUAGGUACCCAGUGAGGUGUUUCUGCCAACGCAGGAGAAGGCAGCUGGGAGUUGAUGUUCUUUAUGGCCCCUGCCUGUGGGCAGUCAGUCGUUCAAAAGGACAAGGUCACUUGUGUGAGGAGCUCCCCGUGGCUCGAGGAGGCCACUGUACUGCUUCUCCCGCGAGCAGAGGAAUGCUUCCUGCAGAGCUCACUGCCCUCUGCAGCAGAGGAAAACUGCACCACCGAGUCAGGCCCUCGUGGCCACUGACCCUGAGCCCAUCAUAGACACCGUGUUUGGCCUCACGAGUGUCUCCACCAGCUGCCCUUUGCCAAACUCUCAUUUCACUUUAUCUGAGAUUUAAUCCCUUCCUGGUGUACCUGUGUCCCCUCAGAAAUAGUGUAGGGAAAACUAUUUUGUAUUAUGUAAAGCUAAUCUGAGCAGGACGAACACUUUCUAAAAAUGAAAAUGUUUCCCACAUAAAAUCAGGAACGCAGCACAGGGUUGCAUGAAUAACCGUCAGGGUCAUUAAUCAGAGGUCCGGGGGAUCCGUGCGGUGUGCUGGGUUCAAUUCUGCAAUCACGUUGUAGUCGUGGCAGCUUGGGAGGGAGCAGGAGGCAGAACUGACCCCUGGCAAGUCUCAGAGUGAGGUGACCCCCAGCAAUGGGCCAGGACACACACUCUGUCCAAAGUGGUAUCAGGUCACAUGGCAUCCCUGAAUCUCAGUCUCUAAAACUGCUUUCUUGAAGCUAGUUAACUACUCAGUAUAAUCAGUGUAUAAUCCCUUAUGGGGCUGAAGCAUUGUUACAUAGCUACUGACUCAGGCACUGAAGACCAACAGAGCAAAGACGCAAACGCUGGAUAUUUUUUGCUGCAAGAACCGGGCACACGAUUCCAGCCAUCGCAUAAAAUAACCUGAAAUUCUGCUUCUCAACAGUUCGCCGUCAUCUUUCCCAGAGAUCAUCUCUCACCUUUUCCCCAAAGAAGAAACAAAACCAGUUGCACCUUAAACCAUGAAUAUUUUUCCUCAGGGGCUUUAAAUAGUUUCCUAUGCAACAUGACUUGUAGCACAAAUUAAAUUCUACAAAAGUUGCAGUAAACUUUAUUUGGAUAUUUUAA